AUGGAGCAGGACCCAGGUUUCAUCGCGGCCGUGGAGGAGGCGAAGCAGGGUGCUGCUGAGGGCGGCGUCCCCAUUGGCGCGUGCUUGGUCUCGAAGGAUGGUAAGAUUCUAGGUCGUGGCCACAACAUGCGCGUGCAAAAGGGUAGCCCCGUCCUGCAUGCGGAGAUGUCCGCUCUCGAGAACUCCGGCCGCCUGCCUGCCUCGGCUUACGAGGGUGCCACCAUGUACACCACCCUGUCCCCUUGUGACAUGUGCACCGGUGCCUGUAUCCUAUACAAGAUCAAGCGGGUCGUUGUUGGCGAGAACAAGAGCUUCAUGGGCGGGGAGGAGCUCCUGCUCAACCGCGGCAAGGAAGUCGUUGUAGUGGACAACCAAGAGUGCAAGGACUUGAUGGCCAAGUUUAUGAAGGAGAAGCCAGAGCUUUGGAACGAGGAUAUUGCCGUCUAA